UCCGAUUUAAUCUGAGGGUCAUAACCCUAAUCUUUUCGUUAUAUAUACAUCACCCAUAGUCUAACCCUAGAAUGGAGGACCCGUGUCCAACCCCUCAGCCGCCGCAGCCACCUUCCUCUUCGAAAUCCCCAUUCACCCAACCGGCUCCACACCUCCUCAUUCCCUCGUUUUCCUCAGCGAGCAAUCCAAGCCCCUCGAUCCUCUUGCAGCCUGGACGCGUACGGCCGCCCGAGGGAGCCCUGUCUGCGCAGAAGCAUCAUGUACAUCCCCGUGCCCGAGCUCUCCUCCGCACCCUACGUCGGCGACCGCCGGAGCCCCCGUCGGUGACCGGGUCUAGCAGGUCGCGUCGGACCGCCCCUCUAGCUGUGCACGAACCAUGGAGGCCAUUGGCCGCUGCCGGCAGCCUUGAUGCACGUCGUCAGCCCUGUCUCCGGUUAGAUCCGGUGAGCUGUGCUCGGAUCCAGCUGGCCCUUGCCGCCCCACUGAUCCAAGUUCGCCUGGACUCCUCCUCGCACAGCCCUCGCACGCACAUCACCGAAGCAAUGAGCCCCUAUGCCCGCAGCAGUUGCAGCGCCGCCCGACCCCACUACAGCUCGCUGUUCUGCAAGCGUGUUGGAAUGUGAGGAUCCGUUCGACU